AUGUCAGCGUCCACAAGAGCUAAUGCUACCAGACCAAAUAAUGCAAGGAAGCGUGUUCCCAAAGCUUGUGUAAGAUGUCGAGAUCAGAAGAUUAGAUGUUCUGGAUCGCAGCCAUGUCAGCAGUGUGAUAAGAGGGGCUCAGUGUGUCAAUUCGAUGAUGAGUCGCGUAAAGUUGUGGUUUCGAGAGGGUAUAUCAACCGCCUCCAAGAGAGGUUGGCGGCCUUGGAGAGCAAGUCAGAAGAACACUCCCUCCUUGAAGCUACGACUGGCCGAUCAAGGAGCACCGAUUUGAAACAAGUAAUCAAGUCUUCAGUGUCAAUAUCACCAUAUGGAACCGCUGAGGCACAAGAUCAGCGACAGCUCAAUGGUGAAGGCAAAGCUCCCCUCACGAAUCCUUUAGCCUUCCACACUUAUGACUUUGUUCCGAGCGUCACAGGACACAUUCUUUUCAUGGGAACGUCAUCAAAUUGGUCCUUCAACAAGCGAGUCUUGACCAUGACACACGAACGUGUCAAGGGCCGUCCAUUAUCAAUGCACAACUUGCACUUCGCUGGCACUGAGGGAAAGGUCUUUGAUCUGAGAUGGGACGGGACUAGAAAGUUUACAUCGCAGGAUGUUCCAGAUAUGUCUGCCCUGCCAACUAAAGACUUUGCUCUAUAUCUCAUCAACUCGGUCAAGUUCCACUGCGGUUGGCUGUACAGCCUAUUCGAUGAGGACAUUUUCAUGGAACGCUUCCGUCUGUUCCAUGAGAACCCUUCUGAAUAUGCGCGUGCAGAACCUUUGUGGUUCGUUCACUACCUUCUUGUCCUGGCUUUUGGGAAGGCUUUCGUGGUUCAGUCAACCAAGUCGAGACGACCUCCGGGUGGUGACUUCUUCAUACAAGCUAUGAAACUCAUGCCCGACUUCAACUUCUUUGACUGUGAUAUAAUAGAGGAGAUGCAGGUUCUUUGCUGCGCUGCUCUAUAUCUGCAAUCUGUGGAUCACAUACAACAGGCAUAUCGUCUGGUCUGCUCUGCACUUCGUCAUGGUCUCGAACACGGUAUACACACUGAGAUGCAAUCUGAUUCUCUUGACGCAGCUUACGUACAGAGAAGCCGACAUAUGUUCUGGACACUCUAUAUCCUCGAACGCCAGCUGAUUUCGCUUCUGGGACUUCCGCUGAGCAUAGCCGACGAGACAAUAAGCGCACGCUUUCCCGACUUCCCAGGCCAGCCGCAAAAGUUAGAGGCGCUGACGAUACAUGUUGACUUCUGCAGGGUACUUGCAAAGAUAAAUCAGACUGUUUAUGGCCUUGAAGGAAAGCUUGACAGUCGAUACCUCGGUGCCACCCAGUCUGUUCUCAAAAGUAUCGCUACCGUGACAGAAAGAUUGAACAAGUCUUUUGAGAUUCAGGCAAGCGAGGGAAUGGCUGGCAUAUCACGAAUAUCAGCACAUCUCCAUUUGAUGCAACACCAAUGCAUCAUUCUCACUACAAGACCACUGCUAUACACGUUCCUGCUCUCCAGGCUUGGCCACUUAGAGGUAGCUUUGAUGCAUUGGCUACAAUCAGAGAGUGUGAAAGGGCUAGUCCAAAUGUGCACCGAGUCUGCUCAGCAGAUUCUGAGGAUCCUCUCCAGCCUUUCUGAGCAAGGGCUUUUAGAAACAUUCCUGAAGUUCGAUCAGGAAGCCGCUUUUACCGCUACAAUUGCACUGCUCAUGGCCGCUGCGAUUGACUCAUCGCUACUACCAGACCACACUCCCUGGACGCAACGCGCCUACGGUCUCUUCGACGAGAUGAACUCGAGAGGCAAUCUCGUAGCUAACAUGGUUGCAGCUGAACUGAAGCAGCUGGAAGACUUACUCAAAGGCUUCCUCGCCAGCAAUGACUCGAGACCUGUGGUUGCGAUACAGGGUCCAAACACGCCUCGGCAGGGCUUUAUGAAUGACAUAGACAGUGGCACAGGCUCUGUCACCGAUUAUGCCGAGCCGUUUAGUAUCGAGCCGGAUGAUGACUUUGGAUUAGGGCUGAACUAUGAACUUAGUGCGGAACAGCUGUUGAACAUUGCUAAUUCGCUGGAUAUCGAUAGCUUAACAUGGCCGUGGCCGGAGGAUCCUAUGGCUGAAGAUGUGGACGAUGUAUGA